CAGAGUGAAGCAGCUUCUUGACAGCACGUCAGGAAACCUUCCAGCCACUGAAGAUUUUUGAGCGAGCGUCUUAAUGUCGUCACACGGCAGCGAAUCUGAAGACAACCACCGCGAUGUCGACUUGGGUGGUGAUUGUCGGCCUGGUAGUCCCGCCACUGCCAGGCUGACGGUGGUGGUGGAGGAUACUCGCUUCUCAGAGGAGAAAACGCUGCUGGUCCAGAGCUGUGACUACUUUGGCGCCCUUUACCGCUCAGGGAUGAGGGAGUGUCGCCAGGAGGAGAUCCACCUCCAGUGCUUGCAUGCUCGUGGCUUCUUCAUCACUUUGGCGGUCAUGCGAGGCGAGGCGCUUGGUUUGGAUGCCGACGACAUCGUGGAGGCCAUCCAAUGCGCGGCUUUCCUGCAGGCGUCACCACUCACCAGGCACCUGGUGGACCUCGUGGACUCCGACAACUGCUUGCUCAUGUUCCACACCGCCGCCACAUUUGGCCUCCUGGAGCUAUACCACGCCGCUGCGCUGUACAUCCGUAAUAUGUACGCCGACAUAGAGGUGGAAGUAAGGCAGACUUUGCCAUCGGAACUGAUUUCUUUCGUGGAGUCGCUGACCCCAAGCGCUUUCGUGGCCGUCGGUGCCCAUGUCACCUGCGGCACGAGUGAAAGCAUCCACGCCGCCUCCAGGACCGUCUGCUACCUGGAUGAAACCGGGAAUACAUGGAAAACGCUGACCGAUCUCCCUCCGGAGGCCAGCACCUCCAUGGCGGGCGUGACCGUCCUGGACAACAAGCUCUAUGUCGUCGGCGGUGUCCGCGGCCUCCACAAAGACGUCGUCGACACAUGCUUCUGCUACGACGUUGAACAGAACAUCUGGACCGAGCUGGCCGGUCCCGGCCAGCCACGCUUCAACCUCAGCCUCAUCGGCCAAAAUGGCCACCUCUACGCCAUUGGAGGAGAGUAUGAGCGGAUCGUGAUGUCGUCUGUGGAAAUACUGGAUGUCCAGACCGGCAGAUGGAGGUUCGCUGCCCACUUGCCUCGGCCAGCGGCGGGGGCGGCGUGCACCAAAGUCACGAGGAGAAUUUUUGUGUGCUUGUGGCGGCCCAUGGAGACCACUGAGAUCCACGAGUAUGUUCCGAGUACGGACGAGUGGCGUCUGGUCACCAGCCUCAUCCGACGCCAGAGCUACGGCCACUGCAUGGUGGGCCACAGGGACGAUCUGUACGUGAUGCGCAACGGGCCGUCGGACGACUUCCUGAGGUGCGUGAUGGACUGUUACAACCUGAGCACGGGCCAGUGGACCUCUCUGCCGGGACACUUCGCCAACAGCAAGGGUUCGCUCUUCACUGCCGUGGUCCGAUGCGACUCUGUCUUCACGCUCAACAGGAGCGCCACGCUGGAGUAUGUUGUCCACGGGAAGACCUGGAAACCGCGACGCCAGAUGAAAGGUUUCCCCCGGAGUGGAUCAGUGUGGACGUUCUUGCUCAGGCUACCAAUGGUCCAAAUACCUUCGACAAAUGAUUGACCAUUUAUAUAUUUGUGUCCAGGGAAACACAGACAUUCCUGCUCUCGUAUUCUGCUGUACAUCAUCUUUGGGAAGACCCGGACACAUGACGCUUGAUGAAAGGCUUCCUCCGGAGGGCAUCGGUCCGGAUGUUCUUCUACCAACGGUUCAAACACUUCAGACAAAUGAUCAACUGGACUAGUCACCCGUAUGAUCCAACACCAGUGCAUGCUGGACCACAGGGACAAUCUGUAUGCGAUACAAAACAAGCCGUCAGAUGACUUCCCCAGUCCUUAGUCGAUCCAUUUUUAUAUCUGGCACGGCUAUCCCUGCUGACUUUGGGCAAAACGUAGACUACACCCUGGAUUGGCCACCUGUCUGAGAAUGUGGUACGUGUGUGUGUGUGUGUGUGUGUGUGUUACAGCUUGGUAACAGGUGUCACUUUUCUUCUACAUAAAAAGUUAAGAUUUUGUAGGAUUUUUUUCAGAGCGAAACAUUUAACAAGAAUAAAGUUCUUGUUUGAAAAAAAUCUUAUUAUUUUGAGUACAAUUAUUUUUCUGUGUGAAAGAAUUUGUAUAAGUUGUAGUAAUAAAGUUGUAGUCUUACUACUGUGAGUGUGGUGACAGAUAGAAUAAUAAUCCUGUCUUUUUUUCAAGACUAUUGCUAUAUUAGUCAUUCAAACUGCUCUCAUUGCUAGAGAACGCUGAAUCUUUUUGCACAAUUGUCAAAAAAAUAAAUAAUAAUAAUAAUUGUACCGGCAUUACCAGAUUACUAGCAACCUUUUAUUGCUAAGUGACUGUUUUUCUCAAUGUCUUUAUGUCUCAAUAGUAUUCUCUGUCAAUUUCACUGUCUGUUGUCGCACUAGAGCGGCUCCAAC